AAACAAAUCCAAAUUGUAUGUAUUAACUGAUUCGCAUCUUCUAUAGAAUCAUAGUCAAAAGUCCACGCUUUGUUUUUCAUCGAAAUUUCUCAUAGCUUACCUUCACAAAUAAAUUUCCUUUCUUCAUUUCUGUAUAUAAAAUUCAAAAACUCCAUUUUCAAUCGCUCCAACAUCAGAUUACCCAUUUUCAUUUCCUUUCCACUUUCCAACUUCUUAACAUCAGCAGCAACAAUGCCGUUAAAAGUCCUUUCUGCCCUUGACUCUGCAAGAACUCAGUAUUACCACUUCAAAGCCAUCAUCGUAGCAGGGAUGGGCCUCUUCACUGACGCCUACGAUUUCUUCUGCAUCCCUCCAAUUAUGAAACUUAUAGGAAGGAUGUACUACGAGGACAGGCCUGAACCCAACAAAUACGAAAUCCCAACCGGUGUAGUCGCUUUAAUGGUCAGCACCACCCUUCUCGGCACCGCAAUAGGUCAGGUGGUGUUCGGUAGACUAGGUGACCGAAAGGGAAGGCGCAGCGUUUAUGGAGUCGCAUUGAUGCUGAUGGUGUUGAGUUCUACGGGAUGUGGGUUUUCGAUAUGCAGGACCCGUAACUGCGUUCUGUUGAGUUUGGGAUUUUUCAGAUUCUUACUGGGUCUGGGGAUCGGAGGGGACUAUCCGUUAUCGGCGACAAUCAUGUCGGAGUUCGCGAACAGGAAGACUCGAGGGUCUUUCAUUGCGGGAGUGUUUUCGAUGCAAGGAUUUGGGAUCUUGGCGAGCUCAGCGGUGACCAUGGUGGUGUGCAAGAUAUUCUGGAUAGCAUCAAGGAAUUUGAACCAGGAUCAUACGCCUGAGGACGCCGAUAUUUCAUGGAGGUUGAUACUGAUGCUGGGUGCAAUUCCGGCGGCUCUCACUUAUUAUUGGCGUAUGAUGAUGCCUGAAACUGCCAGAUACACAGCCCUCGUGGAGAAUAAUGUCCUACAAGCAGCAAAGGACAUGGAGAAGGUAUUAGACGUUUCAAUGAGCCAAAUAGCAGAAGACGAGCCAUGGCCACAAGAUCGACCAACCUAUCCCCUUCUCUCCAGAAAAUUCUUUCGCCGCCACGGCCGUGAUCUCUUCUCUUGUUCUCUCAAUUGGUUUCUCCUUGACAUAGUCUUCUACAGCAGUAACCUCUUCCAGUCACAGAUUUACAGCCAGUUCCUUAAACUAAAUGAUAAGGACAACGUCUAUAAAGCAGCUUUCAAAAUCGCCCGCUUCCAAGCCAUCGUCGCAGUCUGCUCCACCAUUCCUGGGUAUUACUUCACUGUCUAUUUCAUCGAUCGUGUUGGAAGAAGGAAAAUCCAAAUCAUGGGCUUUCUCUUCAUGGGUAUAGUUUAUUUUGCCCUUGGGAUACCUUACCAUUAUUGGGGUCAGCACACUAACGGAGGUUUCUUGUUCCUAUAUGCACUCACUUUCUUCUUUGCCAAUUUUGGACCAAACACUACCACCUUUAUAGUCCCUGCCGAACUUUUUCCAGCUAGAUUUAGAUCAACAUGUCAUGGGAUUUCCGGGGCCAUGGGGAAGAUUGGUGCUUUGAUAGGGUCUCUUGGGGUUUUGUGGGCUUCAAAUAAAAAAGAUUACGAUAAUGAUCCAAAACCUAGAUCAAUGACAAUUGCAUUGGUGGCUUUGGGAGCGGUUUGUCUUCUGGGAAUGGUGGUGACAUAUGUAUUCACACCCGAAACCAUGGGAAGAUCAUUAGAGGAGAAUGAGAAUGAGGGUGAAGAUGAAGAAGAAGACAACGAGAAGCGUUUCUUCAGAUGUUUCGCUGGUGCUAAUGGACGCCUCAACUCAUCAGAAGCUAUUGCUCUUUAGAGAACUUUUUAAUCGCUUCCUUUCUGUCCAUACGACAUAUGUAGAUAGGUUUAGCCUUCAGCUUCUCCGUCUCCGCCUUCUAUAUGUACAUAUAUACUAGGCUUGCAGCAAUGAUACGAUGUUAUCUUUGUCAUGUUCUUUUGUUUUUUCUCCCCUCGAAGUAUCGUUUGUUUUCGUUGUAAUGUGCCAUAUGUUAUGGUUAAGGAACAGCAAGAUUGCUCCAUUUUAACUUGAA